AACUUAACAUUAUCUUGUGUCAUGUUAUCGUGCCACUGUGACCUCUAACCCCGAGUCACUAAUCAUUUUGUCAGUUCAAGUGAAGGGAGGACAGUGUGUUAGAGGGCAGCACUUGUGUGUUGAGACUCAAGCAGUUUGUUUCUUCUUCAAAGUGUGUUGGACCUGAAAUGUGGGCCGCAGACAGGAGCACGUAGGAUUUGAAGUGAACUCAGACCUCCAGGUUCUCUGUAGAAAUCUAGUAAUGGAUUUAAAGUCAACAAUCCUGGUUGUCGGAGGCUCUGCGUGCUCUUUCAAACUGCUGAACACCCUCAUCAGAUUCCUCCCGACACCAGAAUCGGCUCGCAAGAAAUCCUGGAGGUGGAGGAACAUCAGCACCUCGUUAGCUCACAGCUCACUGACAGGAGCAUGGGCUGUUUUAUGUUUCUAUCUUCAACCUCACAUGCUGGAGGACCUGAUGUCUUCUCCCUCCUUGCUGUCCCACAGCCUGGUCGCUGUGUCUGCAGGUUAUUUUAUCCAAGACUUCUUUGACGUGGCUUUAAACGAGUCCUUGAAACGUUCCUGGGAGGUGCUUCUCCACCACUCCGCGGUGCUCUCCUGCUUCAACUUGUCAGUGACGUUCCGCCUCUUUGUGGGCUUCUCCGUGAUGUCUCUGCUGGUUGAGAUCAACUCCGUUUUCCUCCACGUCAGGCAGCUCCUCCUCCUGUCGGGUCGGAGGAACGUGCCUGGGACGGACGUCAAAGCCCCUCGGCCUUCUGUGGCCUACAGAGUGACCAGCUGGCUCAACCUGGGAACGUUAUUGGUGUUUCGCGUCGGCACGAUGGCUUGGAUGAGCCGCUGGCUGGCAGCUCACAGUCAGCGUAUGUCUCGCUACGUCCUGUUGCUGGGGACAGUGAGCCUGAGUGCCAUUUCCACCAUGAACAUGGUGCUGUUCUACAGACUGCUCAGAGCAGACAUCCUCACCAGCUCACCCGGCACAAGCAACGGCGAAGCCGGCUCUCGGUUUGCCCUGGAUGGUCGAAGACAAUGACUCCAUUGGUAAAGAACAGUGGAGCGCUGUAACUUUAUAAUGUUUUCUUGAUGUCAAUACAGUAAAGAUGAAGCACA